GCUCCUCCCUGCCCAGCUAAUCGCUUCCCCCCUCUCCCUGCCUCUUCCAGGCACUGGCGCGCAGGAGGAGGAGGAGGUGGCGACUGCUGAGGCUGGGCAGAGCCGUCACCUGCUGCAGAGCGGCAGGAGCCCUCAGCCGGCCGGGCCGGGGCUGCACCCCCCUCCCUGUCUCGCGGGGCACCCAGGCAGCCGCCGCCGCCGCAGCGCCCGGGGGCCGAGGGCGCCAUGGCCGAGGGGGGCGAGGGCGAGGACGAGAUCCAGUUCCUGCGGACUGACGAUGAAGUGGUUCUGCAGUGCACUGCAACUGUUCACAAGGAACAACAGAAACUGUGUCUUGCUGCAGAAGGAUUUGGCAACAGACUCUGUUUUCUGGAAUCCACUUCAAAUUCUAAGAAUGUUCCACCAGAUCUCUCCAUUUGUACUUUUGUGCUGGAACAGUCCUUGUCAGUGCGGGCUCUUCAAGAAAUGCUGGCAAACACUGAAGAGAAAGCAGAAGGGACUGCGCAAGGUGGGGGUCAUCGAACGCUCCUGUAUGGACAUGCAAUAUUACUGCGCCAUUCAUACAGUGGCAUGUAUCUUUGUUGUCUCUCCACCUCUCGAUCAUCAAUGGAUAAAUUGGCAUUUGAUGUGGGAUUGCAAGAAGACACAACAGGUGAGGCCUGCUGGUGGACCAUCCACCCUGCCUCCAAACAACGAUCAGAGGGAGAAAAAGUGCGUGUUGGAGAUGACCUCAUCUUAGUCAGCAUCUCCUCAGAAAGAUACUUGCAUUUAUCUUAUGGCAAUGGUAGCUUACAUGUUGAUGCAGCCUUCCAGCAGACACUUUGGAGUGUAGCACCAAUCAGUUCAGGAAGCGAAGUGGCCCAAGGGUAUCUGAUAGGAGGUGAUGUGCUGAGGUUAUUGCAUGGUCAUAUGGAUGAAUGCUUGACUGUUCCAUCAGGGGAGCAUGGAGAAGAACUGCGAAGAACCGUCCACUAUGAAGGUGGUGCUGUGUCAAUUCAUGCUCGUUCCCUCUGGCGACUAGAGACUCUAAGAGUUGCGUGGAGUGGAAGCCACAUCAGAUGGGGACAGCCAUUCAGACUAAGGCAUAUAACAACAGGGAAGUAUCUGAGCCUCCUGGAUGACAAGAGUCUCCUUCUCACAGACAAAGAGCAAGCUGAUGUGAAAUCUACUGCAUUUUGUUUUCGGUCCUCCAAGGAAAAAUUGGAUGUAGGGAUAAGAAAAGAAGUGGAUGGAAUGGGAGCACCUGAAAUAAAAUAUGGCGACUCUGUAUGUUAUAUACAACACAUAGAUACGGGCCUGUGGCUCACAUACCAGUCUGUGGAUGCAAAGUCUGUAAGGAUGGGAUCAGUGCAACGCAAGGCUAUAAUGCAUCAUGAAGGCCACAUGGAUGAUGGUUUGACAUUGUCCAGAUCUCAGCACGAAGAGUCCCGUACAGCAAGAGUUAUCCGUAGCACAGUCUUCCUCUUCAACAGGUUUAUAAGGGGCCUUGAUGCUCUCAGCAAGAAAGCAAAGUCUUCCACGGUUGACUUGCCUAUUGAGUCAGUCAGCCUAAGCCUUCAGGACCUGAUUGGCUACUUUCACCCACCUGAUGAGCAUUUAGAGCAUGAAGACAAACAAAACAGGCUAAGAGCAUUGAAAAAUCGACAGAAUCUCUUCCAGGAAGAGGGUAUGAUCAACCUUGUUCUUGAAUGUAUUGAUCGCUUACAUGUUUACAGCAGUGCAGCUCACUUUGCUGAUGUAGCUGGGAAGGAAGCAGGAGAGACCUGGAAAUCUAUUCUAAACUCUUUGUAUGAGUUAUUAGCGGCUCUGAUUAGAGGGAAUCGCAAGAACUGUGCUCAAUUUUCUGGUUCUCUUGACUGGUUGAUCAGCAGAUUAGAAAGACUAGAAGCCUCCUCUGGAAUUCUAGAGGUUUUGCACUGUGUGUUGGUGGAAAGCCCAGAAGCUCUAAACAUUAUUAAGGAAGGACAUAUUAAAUCAAUUAUAUGCCUUCUCGACAAACAUGGAAGAAACCAUAAGGUUUUAGAUGUCUUGUGCUCUCUCUGUGUAUGCCAUGGAGUAGCUGUGCGGUCCAACCAACAUUUAAUCUGUGACAACCUCCUACCAGGAAGAGAUCUUCUCCUACAGACACGCCUUGUCAACCAUGUGAGCAGCAUGAGACCCAACAUCUUCCUUGGGAUCAGUGAAGGCUCUGCCCAGUACAGAAAAUGGUACUAUGAACUUAUGGUUGACCACGUGGAGCCUUUUGUAACAGCAGAAGCAACUCAUCUACGAGUGGGCUGGGCUUCAACUGAGGGCUAUUCACCGUACCCUGGAGGAGGCGCAGAAUGGGGUGGAAAUGGUGUUGGUGAUGAUCUCUAUUCUUAUGGAUUUGACGGUCUUCAUCUGUGGUCAGGUUGUGUAGCCCGGACAGUAAAUUCUCCCAAUCAGCAUCUGCUAAAAACUGAUGAUGUGGUCAGCUGCUGCUUAGAUCUGAGUGCCCCAAGCAUCUCAUUCCGGAUUAAUGGUCAGCCAGUUCAAGGAAUGUUUGAGAAUUUCAACAUAGAUGGGCUCUUCUUUCCAGUUGUCAGCUUCUCUGCAGGAAUAAAGGUACGUUUCCUACUUGGAGGCCGCCAUGGAGAAUUCAAAUUCCUCCCUCCACCUGGGUAUGCUCCUUGCUUUGAAGCUGUUCUGCCAAAAGAGAAGCUAAAAGUAGAACAGAGUCGAGAAUACAAACAAGACCGCAAUGGCACAAAAGACCUGUUGGGUCCAACCAUCUCUCUGUCACAAGCAGCCUUCACACCAAUUCCUGUAGAUACUAGUCAGAUUGUAUUACCUCCUCACCUGGAAAGAAUUAGAGAAAAAUUAGCAGAGAACAUCCAUGAACUUUGGGUCAUGAAUAAAAUUGAACUUGGAUGGCAGUAUGGCCCUGUGAGAGAUGACAACAAAAGACAGCACCCAUGCUUAGUGGAAUUUUCAAAGUUGCCAGAGCAGGAAAGAAAUUAUAAUUUACAAAUGUCACUUGAGACACUGAAGACCCUCUUAGCAUUAGGUUGUCAUGUUGGAAUUACAGAUGAACAUGCCGAAGAAAAAGUGAAAAAAGUUAAACUUCCUAAGAAUUACCAGUUGUCAAGUGGAUACAAGCCUACUCCCAUGGAUCUGAGCUCUAUCAAGCUGACCCCCUCUCAGGAAGCUAUGGUGGAUAAAUUAGCAGAGAAUGCUCAUAAUGUGUGGGCAAGGGACCGUAUCAGGCAGGGUUGGACAUACGGUAUUCAGCAGAGCCAACCAGCCAGCCAGCAGAGAGAGCACAAGUUAACUAAUAAACCCUGUUCCCAGAACUGUGCUGACAUCAAUGAUGACACUGAUCACAAACAAGAUGUGAAGAAUCGCCGGAACCCCCGCCUUGUCCCAUAUGCUCUUUUGGAUGAUCGUACCAAGAAAUCAAACAAAGAUAGCCUCCGGGAGGCAGUACGCACCCUUCUUGGGUAUGGUUACAACCUUGAAGCCCCUGAUCAAGAUCACGCUACAAGAUCAGAUGUGUACAGUGGGAUAAUGGAAAAGUUCCGGAUCUUCCGCACAGAGAAAACCUAUGCAGUGAAGUCUGGCAAGUGGUAUUUUGAGUUUGAGGCAGUCACUGCGGGAGACAUGAGGGUUGGCUGGACCAGGCCAGGCUGCCUACCAGAUCAAGAACUUGGUGCAGAUGAACAAGCUUUUGUCUUUGAUGGUUUCAAGGCCCAGCGGUGGCACCAGGGAAAUGAGCAUUUUGGCCGCUCUUGGCUGGCAGGGGAUGUUGUGGGAUGCAUGGUUGACAUGAAUGAGCAUACCAUGAUGUUCACCUUGAAUGGUGAAAUCCUGCUUGAUGACUCUGGAUCAGAGCUUGCAUUCAAGGACUUUGAGGUUGGUGAUGGAUUUAUACCUGUGUGCAGCCUGGGUUCGUCUCAAGUGGGAAGAAUGAACUUUGGCAAAGAUGUCAGCACCUUGAAAUAUUUCACUAUCUGUGGCUUACAAGAAGGUUAUGAACCCUUUGCGGUGAAUACAAAUAGAGACAUUACCAUGUGGCUGAGCAAGAGACUUCCUCAGUUUCUACCAGUGCCACCAAAUCAUGAACACAUUGAGGUCAUGAGAAUAGAUGGCACCAUAGACAGCUGCCCCUGUCUGAAGGUCACAAAGAAGUCCUUCGGUUCAAACAGCAAAACAGAUGUUAUGUUUUUUCGCCUGAGCAUGCCUAUCGAAUGUGCAGAAGUAUUCUCCAAAACACCUGCAGGAGGGUUACCAGGCUCUGGUCUUUUUGGCCCAAAGAAUGACUUGGAAGAUUAUGAUGCUGAUUCUGAUUUUGAAGUUCUGAUGAAGACUGCUCAUGGUCACCUGGUGCCUGAUCGGGUAGAAAGAGAAAAAGAAGCUGCAAAACCAGAAUUCAAUAACCAUAAAGAUUACACUCAAGAGAAACCUUCACGCCUUAAACAAAGGUUUAUGCUUAGAAGGACAAAGCCAGACUACAGUACAAGCCACUCUGCACGGCUCACUGAGGAUGUCUUAGCAGAUGAUAGAGAUGAUUAUGAUUACUUGAUGCAAACUUCUACGUACUACUAUUCAGUGAGAAUAUUUCCUGGGCAAGAACCUGCAAAUGUCUGGGUGGGCUGGAUUACAUCUGACUUCCAUCAGUAUGAUACAACCUUUGACUUGGACAGAGUUCGCACUGUUACUGUUACACUGGGGGAUGAAAAGGGAAAGGUUCAUGAGAGCAUCAAACGCAGCAACUGCUAUAUGGUAUGUGCAGGAGAGAGCAUGAGCCCUGGACAAGGCCGCAACAAUAAUGGACUGGAGAUUGGUUGCUUGGUUGAUGCUGCCAGUGGUCUGGUGACCUUCACUGCUAAUGGCAAAGAACUUAGUACCUACUAUCAGGUUGAACCAAGUACUAAAUUAUUUCCUGCAGUAUUUGCACAAGCUACAAGUCCUAAUGUUUUCCAGUUUGAAUUGGGAAGAAUAAAGAAUGUAAUGCCACUGUCUGCUGGCUUGUUCAAAAGUGAACACAAAAACCCAGUGCCUCAGUGUCCCCCACGUCUCCAUGUCCAGUUUCUGACCCAUGUGCUGUGGAGCAGAGUACCAAAUCACUUCCUCAAGGUUGAUGUCUCUCGUGUCAGUGAACGUCAAGGCUGGAUGAUACAGUGCUUGGAUCCAUUGCAGUUUAUGGCUCUUCAUGUUCCAGAAGAAAACAGGUCUAUAGAUAUUUUAGAGUUGACAGAACAAGAGGAAUUGCUGAAAUUUCACUAUCAUGCUCUUCGAUUGUAUUCAGCUGUUUGUGCUUUAGGGAACAACCGGGUAGCACAUGCUAUGUGCAGCCAUGUGGAUGAAUCUCAGCUCCUGUAUGCCAUUGAGAACAAAUAUAUGCCAGGCUUGUUACGUACAGGCUAUUAUGACUUACUUAUUGAUAUCCACCUCAACACCUAUGCCACUGCCAGAUUAAUGAUGAAUAAUGAAUUUAUUGUUCCGAUGACAGAUGAGACCAAGAGCAUUACUCUGUUUCCUGAUGAGAAUAAAAAACAUGGCCUCCCUGGUAUAGGGCUCAGCACCUCCCUGCGGCCCAGGAUGCAGUUCUCUUCUCCCAGCUUUGUAAGCAUUAGCAGUGAGUGCUAUCAAUUUAGCCCUGAAUUCCCUCUGGAAAUCUUAAAGGCCAAAACUAUAGAGAUGCUGACUGAAGCUGUUCAAGAGGGCAGCCUCCAUGUUAGAGAUCCAGUAGGGGGUUCUACAGAGUUUCUUUUUGUCCCGCUCAUCAAGCUUUUUUACACCCUGUUAAUCAUGGGAGUCUUCCAUAAUGGGGAUCUGAAGCACAUCUUGCAGUUGAUUGAGCCCAGGGUUUUCAAAGAAGACACAAGCCAAGAGGAUGAAAAUGAAAUGCCAGAGAAGGAGCUGACUACAAAGGAGCUAAAGCCAGAGGGAGGAGAGGAAGAAGCCAGAGGAGAGCAAGUGCCGAAGGAAGGGCUUCUUCAAAUGAAACUUCCUGAACCUGUAAAAUUGCAGAUGUGUCACCUACUGCAAUAUCUGUGCGACUGCCAGAUACGUCAUCGGAUAGAAGCCAUUGUAGCAUUUUCUGAUGAUUUUGUAGCUAAGCUUCAAGAAAAUCAGCGCUUUCGUUACAAUGAAGUUAUGCAAGCCUUAAACAUGUCUGCUGCACUGACAGCCAGAAAAACAAAAGAAUUUCGGUCUCCACCUCAAGAGCAGAUAAACAUGCUUCUGAACUUUAAGGAUGAUAAAAGUGAUUGUCCCUGCCCUGAGGAAAUUCGAGAUCAACUUCUUGAUUUUCAUGAAGACCUAAUGACACACUGUGGAAUUGAACUAGAUGAAGAUGGAGCCCUGGAUGGAAGUAGUGAUUUAACCAUCAGAGGUCGUCUAUUGUACUUAGUCGAAAAAAUGACAUACUUGAAGAAGAAACAAACUGAGAAACCCACUGAUAAUCAUUCUAAAAAACCCUCCACUCUUCAACAACUGAUUUCAGACACAAUGGUACGCUGGGCUCAGGAGUCGGUAAUAGAGGAUCCUGAGUUAGUGAGGGCCAUGUUUGUUUUGCUGCAUCGCCAGUAUGAUGGUAUUGGUGGCCUGGUUCGAACCUUACCAAAGACGUACACCAUAAAUAGUGUAUCAGUAGAAGACACUAUCAACCUGCUAGCAUCUCUGGGCCAGAUCCGUUCUCUGCUCAGUGUCCGAAUGGGGAAAGAGGAAGAAAAGCUCAUGAUUCGUGGAUUAGGAGACAUCAUGAACAAUAAAGUGUUUUAUCAACAUCCUAAUCUUAUGAGAGCUUUAGGAAUGCAUGAGACUGUUAUGGAAGUGAUGGUAAAUGUACUUGGAGGAGGAGAAUCCAAGGAAAUCACAUUUCCUAAGAUGGUGGCAAACUGCUGUCGUUUUCUAUGUUAUUUUUGCCGCAUCAGCAGGCAGAAUCAAAAAGCUAUGUUUGAUCAUCUUAGUUAUUUGUUGGAAAAUAGCAGUGUUGGACUUGCAUCCCCUUCUAUGCGAGGAUCAACCCCUCUAGAUGUUGCAGCAGCAUCUGUGAUGGAUAACAAUGAACUUGCACUAGCUUUAAGGGAACCCGAUUUGGAAAAGGUAGUUCGCUAUCUGGCUGGAUGUGGUUUGCAAAGCUGCCCUUUGUUGAUUUCUAAGGGCUAUCCAGACAUUGGAUGGAAUCCAGUUGAAGGAGAAAGAUAUCUGGAUUUUCUUCGAUUUGCUGUUUUUUGCAAUGGAGAGAGUGUUGAAGAGAAUGCUAAUGUUGUGGUCAGGCUGCUUAUUCGUCGCCCCGAGUGCUUUGGUCCAGCACUGAGAGGUGAAGGAGGCAAUGGUUUACUUGCUGCCAUGGAGGAAGCUAUAAAAAUAUCAGAAGAUCCUACCAGAGAUGGACCUUCCCCUAGUAAUGGAUCUUGUAAAACCCUUGAGAUGGAAGAACAAGAAGAUGACACAAUCCACGUGGGAAAUGCCAUCAUGACAUUUUAUGCUGCUUUGAUUGACCUCUUAGGACGCUGUGCCCCUGAAAUGCACCUAAUCCAUGCCGGCAAAGGGGAAGCCAUUAGGAUCAGGUCAAUACUGCGGUCUUUGAUUCCAUUGGAAGACUUGGUGGGUGUAAUUAGCAUUCCUUUCCACAUGCCAACAAUAGCGAAAGAUGGUACUGUGGUGGAACCUGACAUGUCUGCGGGGUUUUGCCCAGAUCACAAGGCAGCCAUGGUUUUGUUCCUUGACAGGGUCUAUGGAAUUGAGGACCAGGAUUUCCUUCUGCAUCUGCUUGAAGUUGGCUUUCUGCCAGAUCUCCGUGCUGCUGCUUCCUUAGACACGGCUGCUCUGAGUGCUACCGACAUGGCUUUAGCUCUGAAUCGAUACCUUUGCACUGCAGUGUUGCCUUUGUUGACCAGAUGUGCUCCUCUUUUUGCUGGCACAGAGCACCAUGCUUCUCUUAUAGAUUCCUUAUUGCAUACUGUAUACAGACUUUCAAAGGGCUGCUCUCUUACCAAAGCUCAGAGGGACUCCAUUGAAGAAUGUUUACUCUCCAUUUGUGGCCAGCUUAGGCCUUCCAUGAUGCAACACUUGCUGAGGAGAUUAGUGUUUGAUGUUCCUCUACUAAAUGAGCAUGCAAAGAUGCCUCUUAAGUUGCUGACAAAUCAUUAUGAAAGAUGCUGGAAAUAUUAUUGUUUGCCAGGUGGAUGGGGCAACUUUGGUGCAGCCUCUGAAGAAGAACUUCAUUUAUCCAGAAAAUUGUUCUGGGGAAUUUUUGAUGCCCUGUCUCAAAAGAAGUAUGAACAAGAGCUAUUUAAACUGGCCUUGCCUUGCUUGAGUGCAGUUGCAGGGGCUCUACCACCCGACUACAUGGAAUCAAAUUAUGUCAGUAUGAUGGAAAAACAAUCUUCAAUGGAUUCAGAUGGGAAUUUUAACCCACAACCUGUUGAUACAUCAAAUAGUACUAUUCCUGAGAAGCUAGAAUAUUUCAUUAAUAAAUAUGCAGAACAUUCACAUGAUAAAUGGUCCAUGGAAAAGUUUGCUAAUGGUUGGAUUUAUGGUGAAAUGUAUUCUGAGUCUGCAAAGGUGCAACCUUUAAUGAAACAAUACAAAUUACUAUCAGAAAAGGAAAAAGAAAUUUAUCGGUGGCCCAUCAAGGAGUCUUUGAAAACUAUGCUAGCUUGGGGAUGGCGAAUUGAAAGAACAAGGGAAGGAGACACUAUGGCUCUUUAUAACCGGACACGUCGCAUAUCUCAGACAAGUCAAGUUUCUGUGGACACUGCCCAUGGUUACAGCCCCCGAGCAAUUGACAUGAGCAAUGUAACUCUCUCCAGAGAUCUGCAUGCUAUGGCUGAAAUGAUGGCUGAGAACUAUCAUAACAUAUGGGCGAAGAAAAAGAAGAUGGAACUGGAAGCAAAAGUAGGAGGAGGCAACCAUCCUCUACUAGUUCCCUAUGAUACACUGACAGCCAAAGAGAAAGCAAAGGACAGAGAGAAAGCACAGGAUAUUCUGAAAUUUCUGCAGAUCAAUGGCUACAUUGUCUCCAGAGGAUUAAAGGAUCUGGAGUUAGACACCCCUUCCAUUGAGAAACGCUUUGCCUACAGUUUCCUUCAGCAGCUCAUAAGAUAUGUGGAUGAAGCACAUCAGUACAUACUGGAGUUUGAUGGUGGCAGCAGAGGCAAAGGAGAACACUUCCCUUAUGAGCAAGAAAUCAAAUUCUUUGCCAAAGUUGUACUCCCUUUAAUCGAUCAGUAUUUCAAAAACCAUCGCCUAUAUUUCCUAUCUGCAGCAAGCAGGCCUCUCAGCACUGGUGGCCAUGCCUCUAACAAGGAGAAAGAAAUGGUGACAAGCCUGUUCUGCAAACUUGGAGUUCUUGUCAGGCAUAGGAUUUCACUGUUUGGAAAUGAUGCAACUUCAAUAGUCAACUGUCUUCACAUACUGGGUCAGACCUUGGAUGCAAGGACUGUGAUGAAAACUGGUCUGGAGUCUGUUAAAAUGGCACUGAGAGCAUUUUUGGAUAAUGCUGCAGAGGAUCUGGAGAAAACAAUGGAAAAUCUUAAGCAAGGCCAGUUUACACACACCAGAAACCAGCCAAAGGGAGUAACACAAAUCAUUAACUACACCACAGUGGCUCUCCUGCCAGUGCUCUCUUCAUUAUUUGAACACAUUGGACAGCAUCAAUUUGGGGAAGAUUUAAUAUUGGAAGAUGUUCAAGUAUCUUGUUACAGAAUAUUGGCCAGUUUAUAUGCUCUUGGAACUAGCAAGAGCAUCUAUGUGGAGCGGCAGCGGUCAGCACUAGGAGAAUGCUUAGCUGCUUUUGCUGGUGCCUUCCCUGUGGCUUUUUUGGAAACUCAUCUAAAUAAACAUAAUAUGUAUUCUAUCUACAAUACCAAAUGUGCAAGAGACCGAGCAGCCCUCGACUUGCCAACUAGUGUGGAUGAAGUUUGUCCAAAUAUUCCUUCCCUGGAGAAGCUAAUGGAAGAAAUUGUGGAAUUGGCUGAGUCUGGUAUUCGGUACACCCAAAUGCCACAUAUUAUGGAAGUGAUACUGCCUAUGCUGUGUAGCUACAUGUCACAUUGGUGGGAGCAUGGGCCAGAAAAUAAUCCUGAAAAGGCUGAAAUGUGCUGUACAGGCUUGACAUCUGAGCACAUGAACACUCUGUUGGGCAAUAUACUGAAAAUCAUAUAUAACAACCUUGGUAUUGAUGAAGGAGCCUGGAUGAAGAGAUUAGCAGUGUUUUCCCAGCCGAUUAUAAGCAAAGCGAAGCCCCAGCUCUUAAAGACCCACUUUCUACCACUGAUGGAUAAACUGAAAAAGAAAGCAGCAAUGGUUAUAUCAGAUGAAGAACAUCUAAGAGCAGAAGGCAGAGGUGACAUGUCUGAGGCUGAACUGCUCAUCCUAGACGAGUUCACCACUUUGGCAAGGGACCUCUAUGCCUUCUACCCUUUGUUGAUCAGAUUUGUGGAUUAUAACAGGGCAAAAUGGCUAAAAGAACCGAACCCUGAAGCAGAAGAACUGUUCCGUAUGGUGGCUGAUGUAUUCAUUUACUGGUCAAAGUCCCAUAAUUUCAAAAGGGAAGAACAGAACUUUGUGGUACAGAAUGAAAUCAACAAUAUGUCUUUUCUUAUUACUGACACCAAAUCUAAGAUGUCCAAGGCAGCUGUUUCUGAUCAGGAGAGAAAGAAAAUGAAGCGAAAGGGUGAUCGCUAUUCUACACAGACUUCUCUCAUUGUAGCAGCACUGAAGAGAUUACUGCCCAUUGGAUUAAAUAUUUGUGCACCUGGAGACCAGGAGUUAAUUGCACUGGCUAAAACCAGAUUCAGCAUGAAAGACACUGAGGAUGAAGUUCGGGAUAUUAUCCGUAGUAAUCUUCAUUUGCAGGGCAAGCUUGAGGAUCCUGCCAUUAGAUGGCAGAUGGCCCUUUACAAAGAUUUACCAAACAGGACUGAAAAUACCUCUGAUCCAGAGAAGACAGUGGAAAGAGUUCUUGAUAUAGCUAAUGUACUUUUUCAUCUGGAACAGGUGGAGCAUCCUCAGAGGUCCAAAAAGGCAGUGUGGCACAAAUUGCUGUCCAAACAGAGAAAGAGAGCUGUAGUAGCCUGCUUUAGAAUGGCACCAUUAUAUAAUCUGCCAAGGCAUCGAGCUGUCAAUCUUUUUCUUCAAGGUUAUGAAAAGUCUUGGAUUGAAACAGAAGAACAUUACUUUGAAGAUAAACUGAUAGAAGACUUAGCAAGACCUGGAGAGGAGCCACCAGAGGAAGAGGAAAGCAUUAAAAGAGUCGAUCCUCUUCAUCAGCUCAUCCUACUAUUCAGUCGAACAGCCUUAACUGAAAAAUGCAAAUUGGAAGAAGAUUUCCUGUAUAUGGCUUAUGCUGAUAUUAUGGCUAAGAGCUGUCAUGAUGAAGAGGAUGAUGAUGGCGAAGAAGAAGUGAAGAGUUUUGAAGUCACAGGAUCCCAACGCAGCAAGGAAAAGGAAAUGGAAAAGCAAAAACUUCUGUACCAGCAAGCCAGACUGCAUGAUCGGGGUGCUGCGGAGAUGGUACUUCAAACUAUCAGUGCCAGCAAAGGUGAGAUGGGUCCCAUGGUUGCAGCUACCCUAAAGCUUGGAAUUGCCAUCUUAAAUGGAGGAAACUCUACAGUUCAACAGAAAAUGCUGGACUACCUCAAGGACAAAAAGGAUGUGGGUUUCUUUCAGAGCCUUGCUGGUCUUAUGCAGUUUUGCAGUGUUCUUGACUUAAAUGCUUUUGAACGUCAGAACAAAGCAGAGGGCCUCGGCAUGGUGACAGAAGAGGGAUCAGGAGAAAAGGUGAUGCAAGAUGAUGAAUUCACCUGUGACCUUUUCCGCUUUCUCCAAUUGCUUUGUGAAGGACACAAUUCAGAUUUUCAGAAUUAUUUGAGAACUCAGACUGGCAACAACACAACUGUCAAUAUUAUCAUCUCCACUGUGGACUACUUACUGAGAGUUCAGGAAUCAAUUAGUGAUUUCUACUGGUAUUAUUCUGGGAAGGAUGUUAUUGAUGAGCAAGGACAACGUAAUUUCUCCAAAGCAAUUCAAGUUGCAAAACAGGUCUUUAAUACUCUCACAGAGUAUAUUCAGGGUCCAUGCACUGGGAAUCAGCAGAGUCUGGCGCACAGCAGGUUGUGGGAUGCAGUGGUUGGUUUUCUUCAUGUAUUUGCCCACAUGCAGAUGAAGUUAUCUCAGGACUCCAGUCAAAUUGAAUUAUUGAAAGAGUUAAUGGAUCUACAGAAAGAUAUGGUGGUCAUGCUGCUGUCUAUGCUGGAAGGUAAUGUUGUGAAUGGAACUAUCGGCAAGCAAAUGGUUGACAUGCUGGUAGAAUCGUCCAACAACGUAGAGAUGAUUCUGAAGUUUUUUGAUAUGUUCUUAAAACUAAAAGAUUUAACUUCUUCUGAUGCAUUCAAGGAAUAUGACCCUGAUGGCAAAGGUGUAAUUUCAAAGAGGGACUUUCAAAAGGCAAUGGAAAGCCAUAAGCAUUAUACCCAAUCUGAAACAGAGUUUCUGCUGUCUUGUGCUGAGCCAGAUGAGAAUGAGACUCUGGACUAUGAAGAAUUUGUGAAACGGUUCCACGAACCCGCUAAAGACAUUGGUUUCAACGUUGCUGUUCUCUUAACAAACCUGUCGGAGCACAUGCCCCAUGACACUCGCUUGCAGACUUUCCUUGAGCUAGCAGAGAGCGUUCUGAAUUAUUUUCAGCCCUUUCUUGGGCGCAUAGAAAUCAUGGGCAGUGCAAAGCGCAUUGAGCGAGUUUAUUUUGAAAUAAGUGAGUCAAGUCGGACUCAGUGGGAGAAGCCUCAGGUUAAAGAGUCAAAACGACAGUUUAUAUUUGAUGUAGUAAAUGAAGGUGGAGAGAAAGAAAAGAUGGAGCUUUUUGUUAAUUUCUGUGAGGAUACCAUCUUUGAAAUGCAGUUGGCUGCUCAGAUCUCUGAAUCAGAUUUGAGUGAGAGAUCAGCAAAUAAAGAAGAGAGUGAGAAAGAUAAGCUGGAGGAACAGGACCCUAGAAUGGGCUUUUUCUCCCUUGUGACGGUAAAGUCAGCUUUAGUAGCCCUCAAGUAUAACAUAAUGACUCUCAUGAAAAUGCUCAGUGUGAAGAGUCUAAAGAAGCAGAUGAAGAAAAUGAAGAAAAUGACCAUGAAGGAUAUGGUUACGGCUUUUUUUUCUUCCUACUGGAGUAUUUUGAUGGGCUUACUCCAUUUCACAUCUAGUGUUUUCCGGGGCUUCUUUCGCAUCAUGUACAGUUUAUUACUUGGUGGAAGCCUAGUAGAAGGGGCUAAGAAGAUCAAGGUGGCUGAACUUUUAGCUAAUAUGCCAGAUCCCACUCAGGAUGAAGUGCGUGGGGAAGGGGAAGAAGGAGAGAGGAAACCCACAGAAACUGCACUGCCUGCAGAAGAUCUGACAGAUCUAACAGCUUUGUCAGAUGAUGGUGACCUGCUCUCAGACAUAUUUGGCUUGGACUUGAAAAGAGAAGGAGGCCAGUAUAAGCUGAUCCCUCACAACCCAAAUGCUGGUCUGAGUGAUUUAUUGAGCACUCCUUCAUUGCUCCCAUUACCUGAGGUGCAAGAAAAAGUCCAGGAACAGAAGGUGAAAGAAGAUGAAAAGGAUGAGAAGGAAGAAUCUAAAUCUGAACCUGAAAAAGCAGAGGGUGAAGAUGGAGAAAAGGAAGAGAAAACUAAAGAUGAGAAAGGGAAACAGAAGUUGAGACAGCUUCAUACACACAGAUACGGAGAACCAGAAGUUCAAGAAUCAGCCUUUUGGAAGAAAAUCAUAGCAUAUCAACAGAAACUUCUUAACUAUUUUGCUCGUAAUUUUUAUAACAUGAGGAUGUUGGCUUUGUUUGUUGCUUUUGCCAUCAACUUCAUCUUGCUCUUCUAUAAGGUCUCCACCUCUUCCGUGACAGAAGAAAAGGAAGUUCAUGUGGUACAUGCUGGUGAAAAUUCCAAAUUAAACAGCCUAGAAAGUGGCUCUCACAGGAUUAUCACAGUGCACUACGUGCUUGAAGAAAGCAGUGGGUAUAUGGAGCCCACGCUGCGGAUCUUGGCUAUCCUACACACUGUCAUCUCCUUUUUCUGCAUCAUUGGAUACUACUGUUUGAAAGUUCCACUGGUUAUUUUUAAGCGAGAAAAAGAAGUUGCAAGGAAAUUAGAAUUUGAUGGGUUAUAUAUUACAGAACAACCAUCAGAAGAUGAUAUUAAAGGGCAGUGGGAUAGACUUGUUAUCAAUACACAGUCAUUUCCUAACAACUAUUGGGACAAAUUUGUUAAAAGAAAGGUUAUGGAUAAGUAUGGUGAGUUUUAUGGCCGUGACAGAAUCAGCGAGUUGCUAGGAAUGGACAAAGCUGCUCUGGAUUUUAGUGAUGCCAGAGAAAAAAAGAAACCAAAGAAAGAUAGCUCCUUAUCUGCUGUGCUAAAUUCCAUUGACGUGAAGUAUCAGAUGUGGAAAUUGGGAGUUGUUUUCACUGACAAUUCUUUCCUUUAUCUAGCCUGGUACAUGACCAUGUCAGUCCUAGGUCAUUACAACAAUUUUUUCUUUGCUGCUCAUCUCCUUGAUAUUGCAAUGGGAUUCAAGACACUACGAACCAUCCUUUCAUCAGUGACCCACAAUGGCAAACAGCUUGUCUUAACAGUGGGAUUAUUGGCAGUAGUAGUAUACUUGUACACAGUAGUAGCAUUCAAUUUUUUCCGUAAAUUCUACAACAAGAGUGAAGAUGGAGAUAUGCCAGAUAUGAAAUGUGAUGAUAUGCUAACAUGCUACAUGUUUCACAUGUAUGUUGGAGUGCGUGCAGGUGGAGGAAUUGGUGAUGAAAUUGAGGAUCCAGCAGGAGAUGAAUAUGAAAUCUAUCGGAUCAUCUUUGACAUCACUUUUUUCUUCUUUGUAAUUGUCAUCUUGCUAGCCAUCAUACAAGGUUUAAUAAUUGAUGCUUUUGGGGAGUUGAGAGACCAACAAGAGCAAGUUAAAGAAGACAUGGAGACCAAAUGCUUUAUUUGUGGGAUAGGAAAUGACUACUUUGAUACAGUGCCGCAUGGCUUUGAAACACACACACUACAGGAGCACAACUUGGCCAACUAUCUGUUUUUUCUGAUGUAUCUCAUUAACAAAGAUGAAACAGAGCACACGGGACAGGAAUCCUAUGUAUGGAAAAUGUAUCAAGAACGGUGCUGGGAGUUUUUCCCUGCUGGCGAUUGCUUCCGAAAACAGUACGAAGAUCAGCUCAACUGAGAACAGAUGAGGACGUGCACUUGAAAAUACAUCCAUGCAUUUUCCAACUCCUUUGGGAAUGUUUAGCAGACUUCUUAAAUCUCAGAAGCUGCGUGCUUUUUGGAGCACCAAUGCUGUCUUCUCAAUGAUUUGACUGUGCUUUUAGUUUUUUGUGUAUAUGCUUUGAGAACACAGGAGUAAAGAACAAUGACAAUUUAAAACAGAAACUCUGGAAAAAAAAAACAUUAAAAAAAUCCCCAUGCAUAACAUGCACACACAUACACAAAGAGACUUGAGAUGGUUUAUUUCCAAGACUGCCAGAAGACACCCUUGACUAUAAGAUCACACAUGGGGUCACGUGGUAGCGACACUCAUUCAAUCUGUUUAUUUCAUCAUUCUGGAAGGAACUAUAUAGUUCACAGAGCACUGUAAAAGAUUGUUGUGGACACUAAGUUGUGGGGAAAUAGUGCCUUACUAUAUGUGGGUUGAGCUAUGCAGAAGAUGAGUGCAUGAUGACAUCUUAUUUUUUCUUUCUGUCCUCCCUUUUCUUCCAAGUUAAUAUUAUUUUGUGUUUUAGUAGUUUUGGGAGGAAGGGGUUCGACUGUGCACACCUUUUUAAUAAGACUGGAGUGUCUCAGGACAAGAGUAGGUUAUUCUCAUCACGUUAAAUUCACAUUUACCUUCCUCUUUAGCUCUCGCUCUUAUUUUGGUAAUGCUCUGAUGCAACACUGCAACUUUAUGAAAUCCUUGUAUGACAACAAGACGACUGCAAAAAAAAACACUUUAAAAAGAAAUGUUUCAUUGCAUGUUUAUUAUGCAAGUUUAAAACAAAAAAGAAAAACAACCUUCAGAAGCAAGUUGAUCAACAUGAGAAAAAAACAUUCACAAAUAUAUUCAUAGUAAUAAAGUGUUGUGGGCUUUAUUGUACAUUUGGAACCAGUGUCAUCAGCCAACAAUGUAUAUGUUAUGAACUUGACCGUAGUUUUGAUUUCUUUUCCUUUUCUCUUCCUUUCAUUUCUGCCACCUGUGAUCAAUAGUGGAGUUAAAGAUUUUCUUGUUAGACCAUUUUUUAAAUCAAAGCUGAAGCAAUAUCCAUUCAGGGAUUCCAUCAGUUGCAUCAUGAAACACCAAUGAUGUAUAUACAUCACUCCAUUUUGAGUCCUUUUCAAUUGUAAUGCCAGUCUUACAAAUAAAAAGAGAGAUUCAGAAUGGAAGCAAGGUGAUUUUGCUAGCAUUUGAGCCCUUUCUUACUGAGUCUACCAAUUAAUCCCUAAUUUAAUUUACCCACUCUGGUUAACAGGAUUACUUUGCUCUCUUCGUGUUGAUACUGUUAUUCUCCUGUGUUCUGUGUAGCUUCCUUUCUCCAUUUUUUACUUGUAGCCCAAAACUUCAUCUGGUUAUAAAAGCAAACUAGUAUCUUUAGGAAUAUUCAAUUAUAGAAGAGAAGUAGGGAAGUAAUCCUUUUCUUUAUUAAUAGUCUUUAUAACAAGAGAAAGUCCAGGUAGGGGAAGAAGGGGGAGUUCUUUUUUUUUUUUUUAAUUUAUCUCAAUGUCUUCCAGCCUUUGAGGUUUUUUCAGGUUCAGGCUUUCAGUUUUUAACAGAUUAUAGAUGUGUGCGCCAUUCUGAAAUUUGCUUUCAGGUCUGUUUGGUUUUUUUGUUGUGGUUUUUUUGUUUGUUUGUUUUGUUCUGUUUUUUGGGUUUCUGUGAUUUGAACUUCGGAUUCUGGUUUGGGUGGUUCUGCUGACCAGAAGGCUUUGGAUCUGAGUUCAGAUAUUGAUUCCUCAAGAAUUGCGAUAUUCAGAAUCUAGGCUUCAGUUCAUCUCUUCUUAGCAGGACCCUAUACAAUAAUGUUUACUAUAAUUAUUUUUUUCUAAGACUAAUUUUGAUUAAGGAUAACUUUUGGAAUGUGAAUUCCAUAUUAGAUAUCCAUAUUAGAUAUCAACAUGUGACAUUACCAAACAAGGUUUCUUCACUAUCACCUCUACCAUCACAUAUCUACAAGUACUAGUUUGUUAUUUCAGAGUUUACAUACAAGUGUUAGGUAAUGAUGCUUAAUUAUUUUCAAAGAUCAUUGAAGUGUUUGUUUUAAAAAAUGGUUCAAAUGAAGAUUAACGUGAGCUUUGCAGACAGACAUAUGAAUACCACUUGUGUCUACUUAAUCUUGACUUUCCACAUCACACAGCUGCUGUAGUAUUCUGUGUUUGAAUCCAAGAGUCUAUAGUACUCAAUGUGCGUGAAACAAUAUUAACAUCCAGACGUGCAGGCAAGUGUGGUUUGUGGCACCACAAGCUACAUGUGGCAAACGUUAAAACAUGUCCCAUGCUGCAAAUUAAAAUGUGCCCUGCUUCUCAGCUGGCUGGGGAGCAGUGUGCCACAGCCUGGGGGCUCCGCAGCAUGCAGAGACGGGGUGCUGCACCUGCUGCUCCCCAGCUGGUUGGGGGACAGGGUGCUUUAGCGUGGGGGCUGCCUGCUGGCUAGCUGAACACUGGAGCACCAUGUGCCCCAGCUAGCCCCUCCCCACAGCAUGUGGAGCCCAGCCAGGAGCCAAGAAGAGCUGAGUAUGGCCCGCAGCAAAGGGCAUGUGUAGGGUCAUGGGCUGUGGUACAAAGCAGCACAAAUUUGUGCUGCUGAAAGUGUAUUCCAUUCCUCGUCUGGAUUUGGACAGAAAGGUUUUCUCCCUGAUGGACAUCUGAUGAGCGGUAUGAGUGUUUUCUCUUUUAAUUAUAAAAGCCUCUACUUAUCGAAUGAAUCCAGAUACUACCUUCACAGAGGCAGAUGCCUCUCCUUGCUUCUAAAUGAAGAUCACUUCAUUUAGAAUAGGCAAGAAUGGAUGUAUAUUACCAAAGCAGGGAGGGGUAAAGCAGGCCCAGGAUCCAGUGGCACUUGGGCAACUGAGAAGUAUUUCAGUGGCUGGACUAAGGUACCUUCCAUGCAGAAUCUGUGGAAUGUGUGUGCAAAUCUCUUGAACUCUAUCUGUGGCCCCUGCUCCAUUAAUCAAAAGAUGAGCAUACAACUUACCACUGGGACCCUAAAUUUUUCACUCACAACUUUUAUAAAGCUGAGAUUGGAAAAACAAGA